AAAAUUAAACUUUAUCAGAAGUAUGUGUGGACACAAAAUAAUAGUGUAUAUAGGGCUCAGUGUCAACUCCAGUCUCAAGAAUUUACUGAGGGGCUUCAAAUGCAUUCCCUGCAGAUAAAGACGAAUUUCUGUGCUUAACUUACCCUUGUGUCUCCCUUCAGGAAAGAGCACACGAAUGCCCCAUGGAAAAUUACAAUCAAACAUCAACUGAUUUCAUCUUAUUAGGAUUCUUCCCACCAUCAAGAAUUGGCCUUUUCCUCUUCAUCCUCAUUGUUCUCAUUUUCCUGAUGGCUCUAAUUGGAAACCUAUCCAUGAUUCUUCUCAUCUUCUUGGACACCCAUCUCCACACACCCAUGUAUUUCCUGCUUAGUCAGCUCUCCCUCAUUGACCUAAAUUAUAUCUCCACCAUUGUUCCUAAGAUGGCUUCUGAUUUUCUGUCUGGUAACAAGUCUAUCUCCUUCACUGGGUGUGGGAUUCAGAGUUUCUUCUUCUUGGCAUUAGGAGGUGCAGAAGCACUACUUUUGGCAUCUAUGGCCUAUGAUCGUUACAUUGCUAUUUGCUUUCCUCUUCACUAUCCCAUCCGCAUGAGCAAAAGAGUGUGUGUGCUGAUGAUAACAGGGUCUUGGAUCAUAGGCUCGAUCAAUGCUUGUGCUCACACUGUAUAUGUACUCCAUAUUCCUUAUUGCCGAUCCAGGGCCAUCAAUCAUUUCUUCUGUGAUGUCCCAGCAAUGGUGACUCUGGCCUGCAUGGACACCUGGGUCUAUGAGGGCACAGUGUUUUUGAGCACCACCAUCUUUCUCUUGUUUCCCUUCAUUGGUAUUUUAUGUUCCUACGGCCAGGUUCUCCUUGCUGUCUACCACAUGAAAUCUGCAGAAGGGAGGAAGAAAGCCUACCUGACCUGCAGCACCCACCUCACUGUAGUAACUUUCUACUGUGCACCUUUUGUCUACACCUACCUACGUCCAAGAUACCUGCGAUCUCCAACAGAGGACAAGGUUCUGGCUGUCUUCUAUACCAUCCUCACCCCAGUGCUCAACCCCAUCAUCUAUAGCCUAAGGAAGAAGGAGGUGAUGGGGGCCCUGACACGAGUGAGUCAGGGAAUCUGCUCUGGGAAAAUGUAGAAACAUUUUCUACCUAAGGUCUCAGGACUCAGAUACACAUCCAUCCAGCAGUGUAUAGUAAUUAAAAUAUUAUUUCAAUCCUAGAGUUCAGGAGCUAAAAGUAAUCAAGGUAAGAGAAAAAAAUCACUGAUUUCUGGACAAAAUUGUUUUACAUAUAUAUGUAUAUAUAACUCCAAACAACCUUUUUUCUUCAUGGCAUUGUUUCCAUAAAUUUUGAAAGCACCUACUUUUACUAAUAUGUUGUCAAUGAGAAUUUUUGUUUUUGGUCAUGCAGAAAUGGAAAUGAAAUUGGUCUAACUGAAGUUGGCACUCAGCAUAACAAUUUCCUUAUGGUCAAUUUAUUUUCCAGUAAUUUUAAGUUUACUUUUUUGUUUAUGUCUAAAACAAAACAAAAAAUAAGUCUCUUGACUUGGUGUAUCUAGUUGAAAGCUGUAAGAUGUUUUGUCUUUCUUAUCUUAGACACUUAACGUACCAAUUACUCAUUCUUUCAAUUUAGGUAACUCAUUACACAGUUUAGCAGAGAGCUCAUCAGGGAUUCUUAAGUCCUGAUACCACUCUGGAUGGCCUAUGACAAGAUUAUGUUCUUUAUAGGGGAAUGAAUCCCAGGAAAUGAUUUAACAUUAGGUAUAUUUUAGAUCAACAACAAGGACUGGAACGUGCUAGCAGUAAUAAAAAUGAUUACAUUUAGGUCUUUAACCUGUUUUGAGUUGAUUUGGAUAUAGUGUAAGGACUGGGAGUUUAUUUUCAUUUUUCUGCUUAAAAAUAUCCAGUUUUGCCAGCACCUUAUAUUGAAGACACUGUCUUUUUCCCAAUGAAUGUUCUGGGUGCUGUUGUCAAAAAUUAGUUGCACAGAAAGGUUUUGCUUGUUCUCACUCCUAUGCGGGAGCUAGAAUUUUUAAAAACUGAACUAGUGGAAAUAGAGAAGAGACUGAUGGUCACCAGAGGGUGGGAAGGGUACAGGGGAGGGAUGAUAAAGUGGGGAUGGCUAAUAGUUGCAAAAACAUAAUUAGAUAGAAUGAAUAAGAGUCAGUAUUUGAUAGCACAAUAGAGUAACUAUAGUAAACAAUAAUUUAUUGUAGAAUUUAUUGUAUGUAUUAAAGAGUAACUGAAAGAGUGGAAUUGGAAUGUUCCCAACACAAAGAAAUAACACAUAUUUGAGGUGAUGGUUACCCCAAUUAACCCGAUUUGAUCAUUACGCAUUGUAUGCCUUUAUCAAAGCAUCACAUACCCUCCGCAAUUACAUAUUACUAUUAUGUAUCCAUAGUAAUUAAAAUAAAAGAACCAGUUCACUGUAGAUAUAUGAAUUUAUUUCUGGGUUCUCUGUUCUGUUUCAUUGUUCUAUGUGUCUGUUUUUAUGCCAGUACCAUUCUGUUUUGGUUAUUCCAUGUUUGUAGUAUAGUUUGAAGUUUGGUACUCAUGCCUCCAGUUUUUUCUUUUUAUUCUACAGUGCUUUGACUAUUUGGGGUCUUUAAUAGUUCCAUACAAAUCUUAAAUAAUGGUUUUUACUAUUUAUGUGCAGAAUGUCAUUGGUAUUUUGAUAGACAUUGCAUUGAAUCUGUAGUUUGGUUAUUUAAAUAAUAUUAAUUCUUCCAAUCCAUGAGCAUUGGAUUUCUUUCCAUUCAUUUGUAUUCCUCUUCAUUUUCUUUCACCAGUGAUUUGUAGAAAUACAUUCUAGUGUUCUCUUCCAUGAUUACAGUUAACGGUAAAGUAUUACAUAGUUCAAUGCUCUUUAAAUGUCAUUUCUAUUUCUAAGCCUGUGGAUAUUUGUUUUACCUUAUUGUAGCAGUUAAAACAUAAAUUUUGAACUUGUUUUAUAAAUCAGACUAUGUCUUUGUUGUGCUUUUUUGCAAUGAGCAGUGUGUAUUUUUAUUUUGUAAUGAUUUACUAACAAAGUUUACUGCCUUGGCUUCCUGGCAUUUCCUGUCCUGAUAUUCACUCAGAUAGGUCAUAUUCCAUGAAUACAACAGGGAGGGGCUUUGGGACAGAGAGAAAAUAGGCCUUCCAUCACGAGUCACUUGCUGCUGCCAGGGAGAACACCUCCUCUCUUCCCAGGUACGGACAUUUGUACCCAACUGCCACCUGUGCCACUGCUUCUGUCAUCACCACCAAUCUGAGCCCAGCCACACCCAAGCCACUCCUUGGAAUCCUGUGGUGCUGUGAAGUAUUACAAGGUGUGUGUGUGUGUGUGUGUGCAUGCCUGAGAAGGCCAGGCAAAUUGCCCCAUGUGGGUGAUGCCUUAGCCCCCUUGUGUAGUCAUUUCUACUGGACCAAAACUGCUUGCUAAUGCUGCCAACCUGUCCAGCUCUUCUGUCACAUGCAUACUCAGAGAUGAAAUUAUUAAAUAUUCCAAUGAUAACAGCAGAGCAUGAAACCACGCAUGGAGCCCUUUGAGUGUGGGACCUUGUGCAUAGGUCCAUGAAGCCAGUCCUGAGAAGGAUGGGAAGAGUGAGCAGGAAGUGAAUGAGAUCAUGCAGUCUAGGAUAGUGGUGGGAUUGUGAGAUGGUCUGGGUGUUUGUAUCCUCCCAAAAUCCAUAUGCUUAAAUCUUAACCCUCAAUGUCAUAGUAUUAGGAGUUGGGGCCUUUUGGGAAAUGAUCAGGUCAUGAGGAUAGCACCCUCUUGAAUAAGAUUAAUGCCUUUCUAAAGGAGGCUCACGGGAGCUUGUUUGUCCCUUCUACCAUGUGAGGUUACAGCAGAUGGUGCCAUCUACGGUGUCAUAGAAGCCACCAUCUAUGAACCAGAAAGCAAGCCUUCUCAGGACACUGAAUCUUCAGUCACUUUGUCUUAAGACAAAGAACUUCCCAGCUUCCACAACUCUGAGAAAUACAUUUCUCUUGUUUAUAGGUUACCCAGUUUAAGACGUUUUUGUCAUAGAAGCUUGAAUAGACCAAGACACAAUACCUGCUGUUUUUUGUUAGUUGUUAUUACUGGAAAAAGCCUGAGGGAAGACUGAAUUAAGCAGUGGUGCCCAGUUCAGACCCUUUACCCAUUCCAGGUAGUGAUUCAUGGAGGGAAUCAGGAGACCUAGCUGUAUGAUUUUCUGUGACAUACCAUGGCUUUGGGAAAAUCAUUCCAUCUCUCUGAAGUUAGUUUACUGAAAAACAAUAUGGAUGCCUUUACCUUAUUGGUAAAUGGCAUCAUUGAAGUCCCACCUACUGACAUUCCUGUAUAGGCAACGGUAAUCCUAUUUUUCAUGCCAGUGUCUCUGUGAAUGGAGAUAAAGA